UCCUGUGCAGCCAGCCUCCCGCCACAGCUGCCGGCAGCUCCAGCCUUGGCCUCGCAGGGAGGCCAGCCUCCACCAGCCCGCCUUCUCAAGGCCCGCAGGUCUCCCCGGGCCCCUAGCCACGCUGUCAGCAUGGCCCAGGCUUCUGCAGACAUCGUCGAGGCAGACCUUGAGCAGAGGAUCCUGCAGGAGCUGAAGAAUGCUGGCAGCCCUAUGAAGGCUGCCCAGCUGGCAAAGGAAUGCAAAGUGCCCAAGAAGAACAUCAACCAAGCUCUCUACCGGAUGAAGGAGAAGUUGCAAGUGCAUGAUGCUGGCUCUGCGACGUGGUGCUUGAGAGAGGAUGUGGCUGGAGCACUGGUUCCCACAGCGCCUGCCCAGCUCAGCCUUGAGCCGGUGCAGGUGCAGGAACGGAUCCGCAGGCUGCUGGCCGGCCAGGGGCCCAUGAAGGCCGUGAACAUCGCCCGGGCCCUGGGGAUGACCUCGUCCAGAGAUGUCAACCGAUACCUGUAUGAAAUGCAGAAAGACCACCUGCUGAACUUGGACAAGAAGUCAAACAACUGGGAAAUAUACCAACCAGAGCGGGCCGAACAGCCACAUCUCCAUCGGGAACUCCGAAGCCGUCCAGAUUGGACACGGGAACAGCAUCGUGAAGUACGUGGCCCCUGCGGAGAGCGGCUCCGCGGCUCCCCUCUGCCUCCCUCCACCGCCCGCAGCGGGUCCCCAUGCUCAGGAGCCCGCGGCUGGACCCUGGGGGCCGCAGAACAUCCACAUAGACAACUCUGUGCUCAGACGGGUGCAGCUGGGACACGGCAACGACAUGACCCUGCUCGGCGCCCCGGCCACGGGCCCCGGCCCCAGCCCCCCAGACUUUGCCACCACAGCUGGCCCAGGGGCUUCGUUCGAAAUUCGAAUGCCCCCCCCAGGACCUCAGCCCGAGGGGCAGGGCGACACGGCCCAGAGAGAGGAGGAGGGCAACUCGGCCCAGACAGUCCUCAUCAAGUCCUGCCGCUUGGAGGAAUCCAGCAUCGGCAGCGGCAACAGCCUGAGAGUCCGCCCGUGGCCGGCCGGCCUCCGGACAGGGGCAGCGCCAGGGGCCAGCCGCGGGCACCCAGGGCAGCCAGCCGAGGGCGCAGGUGAGCCUGGGCCCUGGUGGACCCUGAGAGUCCUUCUCUCUCUCUUUCUCCUCUC